CACCGGUGUACUAUUCGCAGCGUGUGUCUGUUGAGGAUCAGCCAGACGAUUAAAAUGGCAAACCUGUGCAAUGUUUCAACAAUAUCUGAGGGCACAAUGUCUAUUCGCCUGUUCUCUCACCUUGGCCCGCUCACGAACACGGUACCACGGUGACCCUUCAAAGCCCCGGUGAGACACUUGCAAGUACUCGUAAUCCUUCCUCCUGUUGGGUCAGGGCUUCAACUACGAGCGAAAAAGCUCGACUGACAGACUCAUGUAAAUCGUUCGUCCUCUUCGCCUCUCUUUCCUACAAUAUACUCACCAUGGCUCCCAAUCCAGGCAAACGCCCAGUUGACCUGGCAUGCGACCUCCUGACAGACCCGGAAGACUCCAAAAUCUCCUUCGAAGAUGGCCUCAUUGCUGAAACUGAGAGAACACGCAAACUAAGUACAAGUCGGGGCCAAAGACCGUCCGCGACUGUACCAUUCCCGCGGCAAGACUUCAUUCCAUAUCCAUUACCAGGAUUGAAGGCACAUCUCACGCAAACUCCAAGCCUUCAGUACAUGCCAUUCUAUUGUUGCCCCAUCUGCAGAGGGAAGCGUGAGGCGCAUGCCCACGUGCGUAAACUUUUCCUAGUCGCCGAGCGACUUAUGUGGGAGGAAGGAUUGGUGUCGAUGAGUGAGAAGAAUCGCAACGCAUAUUUCAACAAGCAGGUCAACGACGAACUGGGCGUUCCAAAUCCUACUGUCAGUUGCCAAGAAUAUUUCCCUGGUGGAAGGCAUAGCCAGACCAACAGACACCAUCCUUACCGAAAUGAGCACGAGAUGAGGAUCGCCUUCAACCAUAUACACACACAAGACAACUUGACAGAAGCUGUGUGGUCACUGUGGAUUAGUUCACAAUUGGACAUUGAAAAUCUGCUAGCAGAAGACAGAGCAGCGGGUACUCUUCUGCCUGGAGGGAACGCACGAGGAUGGACAGGAUCGACCAACAUGGCAUCACACGAUCAUGCGUCUGCUCAGCCUGACUAUCUUUCCGGGCUACCCACGCCGCCAAUAUCCUCCAUGGAAGAGGCUAGACGUAUGAAUUCCAUCUUCAACUCACCUGUACCGGCCGCACAACAGAGUCAAUUCACUGUCAACUCGGCAAAUUUCCUCAGUCACAGCGAUCGAACCGUCAGCUAUAGGACCUUGCAAGACUCCUACUUCCUUCUCGACAGGAUUGAGAGAACAUCGUACGUUGCAGCGAUAUUCAUCGAAGCAUACGCUGAGAGGUUGAGGUUGGAUAAGUGCAGGGACUGUUGGCAUAAGCAGAACGUCGGACUUGAUGGGCUUUGAGAGCGGCGUCUUCAUCAUUACAUUAUUGCUUUGAAGAUACCCACUACCACCUCCACAAGGAAGAAAUUAGGCAGCUGCACUGCAAUCUACCCCAUUAUACAAACGGAAGUUAGCCAAGUCAAUGCAAACCUCUGAGCUAUUUACUUUUAAUAGGUGUUCAACUUCUUCCUCGCAUGCGGUGAUAUGGCGUCCGAAGAGGGUGAGAUUUGUCACAGCAUGACGCCUCUAGUGGCGGUGCACUAUACCCGAACACAUAAAACAGCAUCCAACAUGACGUGGUCUUGUGGCAGUGAUUUAGC